AUGGUGCAAACUAGACUUGUUUUGCUGCUGUCGGCGCCGUUGCUGUUGGUGUUGAAAUCGGGGUCGGCAUUGGUUUCGCGGCAUUCAUCCUGCCUCCUGCGACGAAGUGGCAUCAGAUCUGCAAGGCCGCGGCUGUCCCUCGUAUCCCAAGAUGAAGACGCUCUCAGCGAGGCUUGCUUAGAUAAUGAAUCUUCAAGACAUGGGUUACAACCGUUUUCAAGACGAGCAAUUUUUCAACGUGUCGGCAUACUAUCAUUCGUCCUGGGAAAUCCACUCCUGGCCAAUGCAGCCGCUCCUGUCACCAUUGAGGAAGCCGAUAGCUUUGGUGCGAAAGCUCAGAGGUUGCUUCGGCCGAAGCCACCCAAAGCUCUGCGUCCAAAACUCAACAAGGAUUUUGCCGUGCUACUCAUGAGGUCAUCCUAUAUGGCGCUGGAUCAACUGGAUUGUGUGGCCAUGGAUCAAUUUCAAAGAGACUUUUUCCUGAUACGCCAAGCAGAGUAUCAGUUCUACGUCAAUGAACUGGGGCCAGGGAUUGUCCAACAGGGCGAUUUGACCGACCCCUACUACUUUGAUUUCAUCUCGUUUGCGCAAUAUGCCACCAUUAGCCGAGAAAUAUUGCAGAAUCCGGCAGUGGUCUUUAAUGAGCAAAAACCCAUUGAGGUGCCAGAAGACGAACCACAACGAUUCGAGACGGUCGUGAUCAAGCGAGAUCCCGCUCUUACCAAUGACAAGUUGGCAUCCACGCACAGUCAACUCGUGGCAUUGGCCAUUUUGAACAAACUGGACGAGACGUUUGGAACCACCGAUGCUAGAAUACCCAAGGUGGAUCCGCAAAGUCGACCAAGUGCAGACGCUGUGUUGGCAUCUGUUUCACAGCUUGUCAAGCUCUUUCUCAUCAAUGGGUAUGCUUGGGACGGAAAGGCCUCCAUAUCCAAGAAUAGCGCCGCAGUUGAUGGGGAUGCCUCUGGAACACAAAUUAGUAUAAACUUGACGGCACCUGCAAAUAUUUGGUCUGGACAAGCCCUCCAGCUACGCAACAAACUUGGAGGUGGCGUUUCCAACUCGUUCAUCUUGACCUGUGCCAACGAGCUGGUCCGACGCAUGGGAUACGAGAUUGCAGCAACCUCAGUGUCAUAUACCGGAACCAACGAAAUUUGUACAUUUACGCUAUCAUAG